GACUCAGGUUACAGAUGCGCCUCAAACUCACCACCAAAUUUUGAAUCUUAGCUAUCACAUGGUGUUUUUCUACACCUUACGUCUUGUUUAGGGUAUUUGCGCCUCGACUAACCCGCAUGCUGGUUGGCUGAAAGGCAAUCAUCCCAUCGUGGUGAAACAAACACGCUGUGCUCCACAUCGAGGAGGAGGAAGAGCGACGGAGCGCAUCGCCUCUGCACACACUUGCUUCAUUUUGUGAUAUAAGAGGCUAUUUAACAAAUAGCCGGCACGGGCUGUAGGGGCUGUGGAGGAGGCGGACUGUAGUGCAAUGAUGACGGGCAAAUCUGUGAAAGACGUUGACAGAUACCAGGCUGUCCUCAACUCUCUGCUGGCGCUGGAGGAGAAUAAAUUUUGCGCCGACUGCGAAUCAAAAGGUCCGAGAUGGGCGUCCUGGAACUUGGGCAUUUUUAUCUGCAUCCGCUGUGCUGGUAUCCAUCGAAACCUGGGGGUUCACAUCUCCAAGGUCAAGUCCGUCAACCUGGAUCAGUGGACGCAGGAGCAGGUCCAGUGUGUUCAGGAGAUGGGAAAUGCCAAGGCCAAGCGUCUUUAUGAGGCUUUCUUACCUGAGUGCUUCCAGCGCCCGGAGACAGACCAGUCUGCAGAGAUCUUCAUCAGGGACAAGUAUGAUAAGAAGAAGUACAUGGAUAAGGUCAUUGACAUCCAGAUGCUGAAAAAAGAAAAGAGCUGCGACAAUAUACCCAAGGAACCAGUUGUGUUUGAGAAGAUGAAAUUGAAAAAAGACAUCAGCCCGAAGACAGAUUCGCAGUCCGUUACAGACCUGCUGGGAUUAGAUGCCCCUGCUCCGAGUGCUGUGGUGUCUAAUGGUGGAGGAUGUGUUCCAGACAGUAAUGAGAGCCAAGCGGUGUCUAAUCCACCUCUGGCACACUCUGCCCUGGAUCUCUUCAGCUCUCUGCCAACACCCUCCUCCGCUUCCUCCACUAAAACUACGCCUGUUUUCAACUCUAUGCCUCAGAGCAGAGUGACUGCCUCUGUGCCUGAAAACCUCAGUCUGUUCCUGGAUCCGACACCCAAAGCAGAGGAGGGCACUGUCAGGAAGCUGUCCAAGGACUCUAUUCUCUCCCUGUAUGCUUCCACCCCCUCAGUGCACGCUAGCAGUAUGGCUGCUCACGCAGGCUUGUACAUGAACCAAAUGGGAUACCCGACACACCCGUACGGUUCGUACCAUUCCUUAGCCCAAGCAGGUGGAAUGGGUGGGACCAUGAUGACAUCACAGAUGGCCAUGAUGGGACAACAACAGAGCGGCAUGAUGCCGGUUCAACAAAACAGCAUGAUUGGAGUACAACAGAACAGCAUGAUGGGACAGCAGAAUGGCAUAAUGGGUGCCCAGGGUGUCAUGGCUCAGCCUAGCGGUUCUGUGGCGUCACCCUACAUGACGGGGAUGACCCAGGGCAUGAUGGGACAGCAGCAAAGUGGAAUGAUGGUACCGCAGCAGAAUGGCAUUAUGGGGCAGCAGCAGAGCGGGAUGAUGGUACAGCAGCAGAGCGGGAUUAUGGGACAGCAGCAGAGUGGGAUGAUGGGACAGCAGCAGGCUGGAGGUUUGACCACAUUACCCCACCAGCAGGUUUAUGGAGUGCAGCAAGCCCAACAGCUACAGUGGAACAUCACCCAGAUGACUCAGCACAUGGCCGGCAUGAAUCUCUACAACACCAACGGCAUGAUGGGAUACAGCAGUCAACACAUGGGAGGUUCAACAACUCCAAGUUCAGCGCACAUGACAGCACACAUCUGGAAAUGAACUCAUCUAUCCAAGAAGUGAUGUAACGCCAAUAACCCACAAAAGAGAGGGGAAACUGAGUUGUAGGAAUCUGUGGAUUAGACCCUCCAUAAGACAUUUUCUAAUGCAAGGGAGGAGGAGGAGGAGGAGAAGGAGGAGCAAGGUGUGAAGAAGGAUGGUUUGGGAAACCACUACUACCUCUCUUUCUCUCUCCUCUCUGCCCAUGCUUCCUCUUCUUGUCUCGUCCAUGGCCAUGUUUUUGCAGAUUUCCAUGCUUGCCUUCUAAACAUUUUGGUAUAAUGACCAAGACAACAGGGUUCGGAGGCCACUGGUUAGGACUACACAUCUUCCUUUGUUCCUAGCCUGUAUGUGAGAGUGUGCGCACAUCUGCUAUAUGUAGGUGUCAACUAACUGCUCGACUUAAAAGAAUAGUUUGGUUUUUUGGAGAAUUUUACAGUUUUUCUUACCUGAUCAGAGUCAGAAAAAAGCAUGAAUGCAUUUUCUGUCUCUUUGUUUAGUUUGAAGGUGCGUUGUACAAUGAGGUUAGCCUAGCUUAGCUUCACUGGUUGAUGUGCUUGAAUACAGAUGUUUAUUGGAACAAGUAAUAUAUCCUCUCAAAGUAGGGAAAUAUUUGCUGUUGCAAGGCUAAUCAGGUUUUUUUUUAAUAUUGUCUAAUUUGCCGAUCCAGCAUUACAAAUGGUUCUGUUUGUUACUGAAUUACAACAACUGAUUGUUGGCUAAGCUCUGGCCCCCUCAGUUACUGCUGCUCCACCUGUCGAGCUUUCCGAGUCCGCACAGCACGUAUGGUGCUAACAAUGUUAACAGGUGCAGAUUUACCAUAAAGAAUUGUUAUUAUUUUUCAAACAAGAGUUAGACCAAACCCUGUCUCCGGCUAAUUUUUUGUUACCAGCUGACCCAUUUUAAAAUGAGAACCCUCAAAAGGAACCUUAAAUAAGCAGUUGAUAGCUACAUAUAACACCAUGCUAAACCAUAUUGGGCUAAAAAUCCUUUUCAUUCCUAGUCAGGCAGUCCAAACAUUGCAUGUAUAAGGAAAAAUGUAAGAUCAGACUGUAUUCCAACAUAACCCUGUUUGCUCAAUUAGCUUACACAGUACUUUGACAUGCAACAUAGACGUUGGUUUAUUCUUUAUUAUUCAUAAUUUCAAACUGUAUGAUUUUUAACAUUACUAGAGAAAAUUUGUUAAGGAUGAGGACUAAUGUGUUAUGCAAAGUAUCACUCAAAUAAUUCUGCAUCUCAAAUAAUGCAGAGGCUGGAGUUGCUGAACUUCAGGUUUAGUGAACAUUAUCAUUAGUCAUUAGCUUCGUUUUAGCUGCAAACAUAUUAGCAAAAGAGCAUUUACUAUUUUUGGUCACUCACCUCUCAAGCAUACAGUGGUGAACCAAAAAAGAGUUUCCAAUAUAAAAAUCCGGAAAUCGAGCUAGGCUAGGCUAGGCUAGGCUAGGCUAGGCUAGUCACCCCAGUCAUCACACCUUCAAGCUGCACAAUAAAGCGAAAGGUAUUUAUUAUGCAUUUGUUUGGCUCUGAAAGUUGUAAAAUUAGUAAAAUCCUAGAAUAAACAAUAUAUAUCUAUCUAAGUAAGUUAUUCUACUCAUCCAACAAUAUUAAAAGUUCAGAAGUCCCUUUAAGUGUUGAUAAGUUGAGCCGCAGAAACCUAAACAGCCCUUAAUAAUGAUGUCUUCUACUCAAUUUACAGAGAGCUUCUUUUAGAAUCAAUAUCUAAUCGUGACUUUAAGCGUCAAAAGUCCUAAACUGCAUUUUAGGAGACCAAAGAUCAACACUAGCUUUAUUAUGGUUGUACAGUGUUCCAAUAUGCUUUACUGUAUAGCCACUUAACUAGUGAUUAGUAGAAAAAUCAAUUCAGCAGUCCUUUAACAGUCUGUUUGGGCAUACCUGCUCCUACAAUUCACUGUGCUAUUUCCCGAGCAACGGUGGGACACUUAAAAAAGUCACUUGCAUGCAAAUGUAAUCAUGUAAGCGCUCACACACCUCAAGUUCAGAAUCUACCUUGUACAAUAGAGGCCUCAAAUAAUGUUGAAUGUCUGUAAAUAAGAGAGAAAUAAAGAGAGAAGUCGGGACGGAGACAAGUAAAACUUUAAGGUACAGAUCAGUCAUGUUAACAGAUGCUUCUACUGAAUUGCAUGAGGAGAAUGUUUAUCUAGCUCUGUAUGUACUGUAUGCUUAUUACGAUAUCCGAAUGUGUCUCUGGAAUGUGUAUCUCUGAAUGUUUCUCUACUAUACAUGUCCAUCAGUCUCUGACCAAGACCAACAACAAAAAAAAAAAAAA